AUGGAUACACUAGCACGGAUAGACAAACUUCCUGCUGAGCUUCUAGAUGUGAUCAUAUCGCACUUGAGAGAUCGUGAUUUGGCAUCUCUAUUAGCCUCAAACAGACAGCUAUACCACCGGCUUGACCCGAUAUUCUACGGCAGAGAACAUGCCAUGGACCUUGCAAUGGGCUGGGCGUGCUCGCGUGGAAAUCUCGAAGCCAUUUGUCGCCUAGUAUCUUUAGGUGCAUCCCCUAGCGUGGUUGAAGUGCGCACUAGUUCUUCGGGAUGUUACCACAAAACAUCCACGUUGCAUCUGGCAGCAACUAGGAGACAAGUUGAGGCUUUCCGGUACCUGCUUGGUAUCGGGGCGCGGAUUGAUCAUCCUGAUGUGGAUAAGUGGGUUAUCCGUCAGUUCAUUAGUCGCAUUUGCAGCCCCGCACAUGAUUGGGCUCUGUUGCGCCUCUACCUGGAUGCCGGCCUCGACCUUCAGCUUUGGGUAAUCUCCCAAUCGGCAUCGGCCUCUCCGCUAGAUCCGGUGCGCCUUUUACUGGACCGCGGUGGCGACCCUAAUGGGAUAUUCUCCUUCUAUCGCAACCGACUAGUGACCCCCCUGACUGUGGCAAUUCAGAAGGCCCAGAUUGAAGUCCUAGACCUCCUAAUCGAGAAAGGAGGAACCAUUCAUGGACCCCAUAUUACCCGUCCUGUCCGUCAGCCUUGGCACAUUCCUAUCAUGGCCGCUGCGGCAUGUAUGUCAAGCCGGGGAACAGCCGUGAUCGAGCGAUGCUUAUAUCUUGGCGCAGACAUCAACCAUUCAACACCGCAAAUAGCUGAAAAAGACUACAUGGGAAGCAGACGUUACGGAUACAUAAGUCCUGCGCUUGUCUAUGUUGAUUCUAUUGAUAACUGGGACGAACCGACGCAUGCCUUACGCCCAGUCGAUGGACUCGUAUUUCUGGCUAGCCGAGGGGCACUCCUUCAACAACCUAUCCCUAUUCCAGACCGUGGAGCCCUCGAGCAAAUACACAGUGCGCCUUGGGUGCAGUGCUAUUGGAACCCUUCCCCAAUGUGCUUGGACUUUAUCCUCGGGAAGUGGGGGCUAACCAAAUUGGCCACGAGUCCAGGUUUUCUCCUGGCUGUGCAGUAUCUGCUCCGGCACGCGGUCAGUAUUGGCACGCUUUCCGAGUCCCUCGCUUCCUACGACGUUGAAAGUUCGGUUUCUAAGGUCCUACCAGUCCAAGUUUUAGCAGCAUGGCAAGGUCUCUUGACCUAUGUCCUUGAGGAUUUAAAGGUGGACCCAACCAUACUAUUGAGCCAUUAUAUCCUACAAAAGGGCUUAUGCAUAUGGAAUAAGCCCCUACUGGACACUGGCCGAGCCACAAUUGAGGGGCUAUUGGCGUCGGGGGCCAACAUCAAUGCCCGCAUGGGUGCCGAGGACGGACCAACAGCUUUGCAUGCGGUAUGCGAAGCAUUCAAUAAAGAGCUCCUGAAUUUGGAAGGAAGAUUUCACUCUUUGGAAUGGCCGAAGAGGAUCGAUAUACAGGCCACGUAUCUUCAGUACUUAACUAGUCGAGGAGCUAAUUCUUCCAUCCGCAUUGGUGGUCAAACAGCCAGUGAGGCUCUCUUAGUGAAUCAAACAGAUAUUCCAUUGAAGGUUCGGCAAAAGGUGCUGUCUGUAUCCAAAAUUAUGGAGGAGGGCAAUGUAAUUCAAAAUGCCAGGCUACUGCAAAGCUAA